UUACGACUGUCAAUUAUUUGUCAAACUUCAAAUUACAAAAUAAACAGCUGAGGUUUAUGUUAUAAUUAUACUCUUGUUUAAGAUAAUCGGUGUUACUUUUUUAAAUGCAUUAAUUGUAUAUAUUCACACAUUUCACAAUGGAUAAGGUACCAUUGAACGAGUUGGUGGGGAAAAAUCAAUCCAUCAAAAUAUUACCUUCAGUGGAAGACUCUUUGCAAUCUAUGGGUCUGAAUGUAGAUUUGGAUGAACACACCAUACAUUGGUUUGAACAGUUAAAAACUACUUGGAAGACAUGGAAGAAGAGUGUCGCAAUCGAAAACAGUGUAGUUCUAUUUUACGAAAACAUUUUGGAUCCCUAUCGUGUUGCUCUUGUAUUCAUAAUAAAAUGUGAAGACUACAAGGACUGCAAGCCGAAGUCAUUACCAUAUUUCUUAAUUGAAACUUUACUAAAGUGGUACCAGUCAAGUCAAAAAUCACCUGACGAUUCUGUUAUGCUUCCAGCAUUUCACAUUGCUACACUUCAAAGAAAUCAACAUUUUCUUAAUCUGAUUGUAAAUACUUACCAGCUUUCAAGAAUUAAACAUGUUAUACUGCCUAUAAUAAGAGACAUGAUAAAAAAGGAUAACUGCAAACAAGCCUCUCAAGUUGUAAUAGCUAUGGAGGCGUUUGAUGAUAUACCUGUUGAAACCCUAAUGUUUCCAUUGAUCUUACAAGAUAAAAAUAAUAUGAUUGAUGAUUAUCUAUCAGAAUGUCCAAGUCAAGUCAAACCAUUGCUACUUUUCCUAGAUAGACUACUUGACAGGAAUUUUGCUCUAAGGGAGUAUGUACAAAAUUAUAUUGAAGAGAAUAAAAUUUACAAUGUGAAGUUUGACAAAAUUCAUUACAAACCUCUAGGCAAACUGGUAGCCCGGCUUUGUAAUAAAUUUAACAUUCCAAUUGAGACAUGCAAAAAUCUCAGUAAGAAUAGGACUACAGGUGGACUUAAAUAUUUGAUAUACCAGAGAUAUCAAGAACACAAUGUCAGCUCAUCAGUAUGGGACGACUUGGUAAAGGAUUCCCUAAGACAAAAUGUAGGCUCUGCUCAGGAAUUCAUUGAUAUGUUAGUUGAGUAUGAUAAAAAUGAAGCACUCAAAUGGGCAGAUUAUUUAAAAUUACCUGACCAUGACCUACCUCUGGCAUUGAGAGACUUGUCCUUGCAAGAACUUCCAGAGGAAGAAAGCUGGGACAAUGAUGUGAUUAAUAAUCAAGACUAUUUUAAAUUUAAAUUAAGUAGAGAUCAGGUUAUACUGAUAGACACAGCUGAGAAAUUUUAUGACUUGAUACAAAAUUUAAAAUCUUAUACUGUGGUAAGCUUAGAUUGUGAAUGGAAGCCAUCAUUUGGAGCAACACAAUCACAAGUUGCAUUGGUCCAGAUUGCUACAAAAUACAAUGUGUAUUUAAUAGACACAUUGAUAAUGAACUCAAAGGAAUAUGCUAGUUUUUGGUCUGCAUUCAAUAAAUCUUUCUUAGAAAAUGCAGAGAUCAUUAAACUAGGCUUUGCACUUGAACAAGACUUAAGAGAAUUGAAAACUUCAAUAAAUGGUUUGGGAAAUAUAAAACUAAAAGGAGAAGGUUUAUUAGACUUAUGUGUGUUAUGGAAAACACUUCUUAAUAAUAAACUAAAUUUACCAGUUAAGUGUGACAAUGCAGGUAAUGGCCUCAGCUGUCUGGUGCAAUCAUGUUUCGGUUUGCCUCUGGAAAAAUCAGAACAGUGUUCCAAUUGGGAAUUAAGACCACUAAGAGAAACCCAAAUUCUUUAUGCUGCUCUUGAUGCAUAUGUUCUUAUAGAAAUUUAUGAAUGUCUUCAAACAUUGUGCUAUGAACAAGGUUUAAAUUUUGAACAAAUAUGCAAUGAUGUUAUGCUAGAAAACAAAAAGAAAUCUACAAAAAAGCCUAAAGUUAUAGAGAGGAUACAAUCCAACUUCUUACCUAUACAAACAAGAUCACCAAAGGAGAUAAAAUUUUUAGUUGAUUUUGAAUUAACACAGCUAAUGGUCUACAUCAGAUAUUGUGGAAUAGACACUUUGGCUAUGUCAAAAUCAAUGUUGUGGCAUGAUAUUAUUAAUUUGGCCAUAUCAGAGGAACGGUUAAUUCUAUUAAGCAAAUUUAAAUGUACUCCUACUAUUAAUUUUCCACAAAAUUCUAUAUUAGAUGUAGGUAAAGGUAGUGUCCAGGAUCAGUUACAAAGAAUUUUUAAUUAUUUUAAUUUAAUGGUUAAGGUAAGUGAUCUUUUUAGUAUAUGUAUUAAUUGCAAUGGUGUGGAGUUGACAAAAAUGAAUAUUGAUGAAGUAAAAAAACUUUGUGAUGAUUAUAUGACUGUACCAAAUGGUAACACAGAGACAAAAUAUACAUAUGACUGGGAUGAUGAAGAUCCAAAUUAUGACAACUUUCUAAGUGAUUCAGAUUGUGAUGAUUUAUAUCAACCUGUUGCCCUUGAAACUAUUAAUCCUUGCAAGACAAGCAAGGAUGUGCCAAUAGAAAUAACUAAUGUGGAUAAACUGUAUGCAUCAAAUAAACCAGCUGUGUUGUGUGAAUCAUGUGGGAAGUUAUACUGGGAUGAGGAUGUAUUAUUACAUUUGGUUCAUGAAACUGUAACAAGUGCAUUGAAUCCCAAAUCAAAUUAAAAUCAAGUUUUGCAGCAUCAGAUGAAACAAGAACAUAAAUUCAUCAAUAUCUUUAUUACUUACAUUAAAAUUUGAGUGAUUAAUAGUGCAAACUGAAAACAUGAAUUUGAUGAAGACUAUUUUUUGUGAUUGUACAUGAGGUGUUCAUAAUUGUGCACAGUUUCAUAGCUGAAAAAAGUGCAACAGGGGCUCCACCGAAGAUGUUUAUGGAUACCUUUCACUAAUUUUUAUUUACAAAUAUCAUUAAUAAUCUUAAUGUCAGUUUUAAACGCAGUUACACUAAUAGUAAUGUAUUAUAUUCUAGAUAUUUUACAUUAGUUGUGGGUUUGGUUUCAGACAUAGAAUGAAUGUAGUCAUUAUUAUUUUCUAAUUAUGCUUCAUUCCCAAUAUCUUCUUUACAAAAUUUCAGAACUCAAUAAUAUAAUCAAUUUGCUUUCUAUCCACUUAUUCCUGCUAAAUCACAAUGCAUAAAGUGAGAGAGAAAGCAUCAUGCAUCUUGUUCAUUCUAAAAUAAUUAAAGUGAUCUAUGCUACUAUAAUAUUUGCGAAAAAUAUAUACUAUAUUCAAUCUAUGUAGAAACAUUAUAUGUUUUUUACACAUUCUGGUACAAAUAGGAAUGCCACUAAAUUCUCCGACGCCCCUGGUGCUUGCUGUGCUACUGACAAAUAUACAGCUUAGUGCCCAUUUAAUAAAUAGCAAUAAUAGGAUGUUAAGAAAAAAAAUAUUUGUAUGCAAAAGACACAGUAUAUUUUUAUAAAUAUCUAUGUAAACGUUUUUUUGCAAGUUUGGUGUAUGUUCAUUGCAGUUAUUCUUAAACACGAUAGAAAUAUAGAUAAUGUAUAAAGUAAAUCAUUGUAUAAAACAUCUGUUAAAUAAUCUUCAAUGAAGUUGAUUGUAAUCAAUGAGAGGAUUGUAAAAUUUAGAGUAAAUUUAUUUACUGUAGUUGUAAGCAUAAAAUAUAGGGCCAUUUUAAGAAUGAACUAUUAUAUUACUUAUUGUUAUACACCAUGGAGAGAGUAUCAGUUUAGCAACUUAUUAAUAGUAUAUGUAAUUAGUGUUUGCAGAAUUGGUCCCAUUAUAAUUAUAUUCUUGAAUCUCACUUUUUGUGAAGAUAAUUUUUCAUAGUUUUAGGGUCGAUUCCAAUAAAUAAUCCCAACCGCUAGCUACGCGUUAAGGCCCUCCUCCGAGCAAAUUACCUUAAGCAUUCAUACCAUACAUUUACGGCGCACGAGUGAUGAAAGGGGAAUGUACCAAAUUACGAAUAAUUCUCUCAAAAAACUGAAUUUUGGUGUUCUUUAAUUGUCUACCUAAUAGUAUUGGUUCCAAUUUAAAAUGAUGAUCACUUUAGGAGAUGCACCAAAUCAACAAAUGUAGUGGCAUUUAUGGGACUAAUUACGUGAUAUCUUCACUAAAAAAAAGGUUAAAAAGUAAAAAAAAUCAUAUAGUUGAAAUAUGGGGUUUAAUUUUUUGUUUAUGUAUUAUAAAUUUUGAAUAGAUAUCUUACAGAAAUAAGAUUAGCGCGCCAUUUUGCUGGGAGCACCGCCUUAACAAAAUAACUCAUCUGUAGGCAUGUUAACAAACUUUAUUCUGAUUGGUCCAUGUUUGCUAUAUAUCGGACAGUAGCUGUUAAGAUCUUAUAUAGGAAUCAACCAUUAGUGUUUCAUAUAAAAUUAGUACAAAGAAACUUAUUGUAGGUGCAAAAAUAUUGUAAGUGUUCUUUUACAUAAUCUAUGUAUAUUACUUUAAAUCUCUGAAUUAAUCAGGUACUACAUAUUUUAGAUUAUGGUUCAAUAAAUAAUCUUAUAAUUAUA